GAGGCACUAGAAGAUACACUACAUUGUAUAGGUCUAUACAAUUUUGGGGAGAAUAAAUGAAAAUAAUGUAUUUUUUAAAAACCAUGAUAACGUUCUCUUGAAUCAGGUCUGCCUUGAAGUCUUCCACAAGGGCAUGAAUAGUUCUUUUAUUUAACGAGAGCCAGGCUCAGAAUUAAGAAAGACAAGAGGCAGGGUAUCCCCAUUACUGCAAACACCACAUCUACCAUGAGAGGACAGCUCUGUGUAAAAGUGCAGAGAAGACAGACCCCGGGAGACAGGGCACCUGGAGGCAGAGCACAGGCUCAGACUGUAGCCCCUUCCACCCAGCAGACCUUCUGCUGUGCCACCAUCUCCCAGGAGACACCCCAAUACUGAUAGCCAUGCUAUAACCUUCUUAUGCAGCUGUGAGAAGGGAAGACCAGGUGCAAAGGUGGGGACAGAAGAAUCCCCACAGACACGUCAGGUCACCUGAGUUCACUCCCUGUAGGACAUGAGGACACAGAGCCCAGGAGCUGGGUCACUGACGGUGGGAGGCAGAACCGAGGACCCACCCUCACCCGGUGGCAGAGGUGCCAGGGCCUGCUGAGCCACUGAUGGGCACGCCCUCUUGCACCAUGCCUCUUCUUGCAUCAGGAUGAAAGCAUUGCCCUGGAUGUCACACGGAGGCAUAUACAUUUAUUUGGUCUGAUCCCACCCUCUUUCCUGUUCUUCGCCAAACUUCUCUGGCAGGGCCUGUCGGCAGACCUGGAAACCAGGGAAGAACCAAGGGGACCUAGCUUCAAGGAGGCCAGAGUCUCGGGCUCAUGAUGGAGGAGUACAGAUGGCUGCUUCCUGGUCCAGGACUCUGACCUCCACUCACCUUCCUCAACACUGACAACUUGCCCAAGCUCUGGCUCUGUGGACAUGGAUGCUACCAGCUCCAGGCUGGAUCCCAGCUAUGUUCCCAAGCUGGCUGGCUCUCACCCUCCUGGCCGUGCUGAGCUUGGAGACCCAGGCCUUCAACAGCCAGCUCGUCAAGUGCUUUGAGGAUCCCCAGUAUGAGGAGCUGCUGCAGCUGGCCCGAAAUGGCCUGGGGCAGACAGCAGAGAGGAAGCAAGUGGUGGUGAUCGGGGCGGGCAUGGCUGGACUCACUGCUGCCAAGAUCUUGCAGGAUGCUGGCCACCAGGUGACUGUCCUGGAGGCCUCAGGGCGUGUAGGUGGCAGAAUCGAAACCCACAGAGUUCCUGGAGCACACUGGUACAUAGAGUUGGGUGCCAUGAGGAUCCCUAUCAACCACAGGCUUUCUCACGAGCUCAUCAGGAAAUUCGGGCUGAUGUUAAAGGAAUUCUGUCCCUGCAACAACCAGACCUGGGUGCUGGUGAAUGGAGUUCGGCAGCGCUCGGGGGCGGUACAGGCUGACCCUGGCCUGCUGGGUUAUGAAGUGAGAGCUGAUGAGGUGGGAAAGACGGCGGAACAGCUAUUUGAUAAGUCGCUGAGGAAGAUUGUGGAAGAACUGAAGAACAGCAGCUGCCGUGAGGUCCUGGAGAAGUAUGACUCCUUCUCCACCAAGGAGUACCUGAUCAAGGUGGGGAACCUGAGCCGUGGGGCCGUGCAGAUGAUCGGUGACUUGUUGAACACAGACUCUGGCUACUACGAGGCCUUCACAGAGACCCUGCGUGGCAUCAUCUCCUUCUUCCAAGAGCCCCGGUUUGAUGAAAUCGUUGGGGGCUUUGACCAGCUCCCCCAGGCCCUACACAAUUCGCUCCUCCCAGGGACUGUCUGGUUCUACUCACCAGCAGAGGAAGUGGAGAUGUCUGGAGACUGCGUCCACGUGACCUACAGGACACCUGACCCUCUGCAGCCCAGGGCGCGGCUGACUGCAGAUUUUGUGGUGGUAGCCACCACUGCCAAGGCUGCCCGGCUCCUCCGAUUCCAGCCAUCUCUCUCUCUAAACAAGCAGGAUGCUCUGCGCUCUGUCCAUUAUAAUAGUGCCACCAAAGUGAUCCUGGCCUGCACACAGCGUUUCUGGGAACGAGAUGGCAUCUUUAGCGGAAAGUCUAGCACUGACCGGCCUUCCCGCUUCAUCUACUAUCCCAACCACGUCUUCCCCAACGGUGCCGGCGUCAUCCUCGCAUCUUAUACCCUGGAUGAUGACUCGGUGUUCUUCACAGCCCUGGACCACAAUCGGGUAGUGGACAUUGUUCUGGAUGACCUCGCUGCUAUUCACAAUCACAACAAAGAGGAACUCCGGACCCUCUGUCCCUACUUCACAGUUAAGAACUGGAGCCAAGACCCCUAUUCCAUGGGUGGCUUUGCCUUCUUCACCCCUUACCAGUACGUGGACUAUGCCCAGGAACUCAGCCAGCCGGAAGGGCCAGUCUUCUUCGCAGGUGAGCACACAGAUAUGCCCCAUGGCUGGAUUGACACUGCUAUCAAGUCAGGGCUCAGGGUGGCAAAGAACAUUCAGGAGGCUGUGGACUUGGCUUUGACAAGGAACCCCAGAAACACAAAAGACCACUUCUCCAAAAGUGAACUGUAAACAGCCAUGUGGGCCUCAGGAACUGGGGUGAUUCCAAACAAGCUUGUCCCACUCUCACCUAUCUUCACCUUUGCUCAGAGAUUUGACCCACGACUCAUGACCGGAUCCCCAGGGUAACAGACCACGCAUCACCCCUACAUUCAUGACAGUAGCUCGGGAAGCACAUGUGGCACGGGAUAAAAACAAUAAAGCAACUGUUGAAUU